UUAGAUACGCCAGCAAUUUCUGUACUUUCAAAAUAUAUCGAAUUAUUUCGAUAUACGUACUACGAGAGAGAUAUCGAAAUCGUAAUCGAUUCAGCUGUUGUAAUGGGGAUGACUUCGCCGUUUCGAUUCGUGAUCAAACAGUGAAUGCAAAAUGGGACAAAAUCAAUCUGGUGCUGGUGGUACAGGAGGUGACAAAAAAGAUGAUAAAGACAAGAAGAAGAAGUACGAACCACCUAUUCCGACAAGAGUGGGUAAAAAGAAACGGCGUACAAAAGGGCCGGAUGCUGCUUUAAAGUUACCGCAGGUUACACCUCACACACGCUGUAGACUAAAGCUUCUGAAGUUGGAACGUAUAAAAGACUACCUGUUAAUGGAGGAGGAAUUCAUUAGAAAUCAAGAGAGGCUGAAACCACAGGAGGAGAAGAACGAGGAAGAAAGAUCGAAGGUUGAUGAUUUGCGAGGCACUCCAAUGUCUGUGGGAACAUUGGAAGAAAUAAUUGAUGAUAAUCAUGCCAUAGUUUCUACAUCUGUUGGCUCUGAGCAUUAUGUAUCAAUCUUGUCAUUUGUGGAUAAAGAUCAAUUGGAACCGGGAUGUUCCGUUCUAUUAAAUCAUAAAGUUCAUGCUGUUGUUGGAGUUCUAGGUGACGAUACGGAUCCUAUGGUCACAGUCAUGAAACUAGAAAAAGCGCCGCAAGAAACUUAUGCAGACAUUGGUGGACUUGAUACACAAAUCCAGGAAAUCAAAGAGUCUGUAGAAUUACCUUUAACACAUCCAGAAUAUUAUGAAGAGAUGGGCAUCAAACCUCCGAAAGGAGUCAUACUUUAUGGUCCUCCAGGAACUGGGAAGACGUUGUUGGCAAAAGCUGUUGCUAAUCAAACUUCUGCAACCUUUCUGAGAGUUGUUGGCUCUGAGCUUAUACAGAAGUAUUUAGGGGAUGGUCCUAAACUUGUUAGGGAGUUAUUUAGGGUUGCGGAAGAACAUGCUCCUUCUAUUGUGUUUAUAGAUGAAAUAGAUGCUGUUGGUACAAAACGGUAUGACAGCAACAGCGGUGGGGAGCGUGAAAUUCAAAGGACUAUGUUGGAACUCCUCAAUCAACUUGAUGGUUUUGAUAGCCGCGGAGAUGUUAAAGUUGUUAUGGCUACAAAUAGAAUCGAAACGUUAGACCCAGCACUGAUCAGACCAGGCCGUAUCGAUAGGAAAAUAGAGUUCCCGUUGCCUGAUGAAAAAACGAAAAGAAGAAUAUUCAGUAUUCACACCAGUAGGAUGACUUUAGCACCUGAUGUAAAUUUAGCGGAAUUAAUUAUGGCUAAAGAUGAUCUUUCAGGUGCAGAUAUAAAGGCUAUAUGUACUGAAGCUGGUCUAAUGGCGUUACGCGAACGUCGUAUGAAAGUUACUAGCGAUGAUUUCAAGAAAUCUAAAGAAAGCGUUUUAUAUCGAAAGAAGGAAGGAUCUCCCGAAGGAUUAUAUUUAUAAGAAUAUUACACUUGACAUUCUUUGUUUACAAUUAAAGCAUAAAAAUAUACAUGCUAAUAAAAAUAUACAAGAAGUU